CCUCCGAAUCUUCCUGCCCUGUGGUUUCUGUGGACUAACGAGUCUCUGUGUCGGGUCAGGAGCCUUGACCAGUUAUGGUGAGGUGGUUUCAUCCCAACAUCAGUGGGAUUGAGGCCGAGAAGCUCCUCCUGACCAGGGGUGUCCAUGGCAGCUUCCUGGCUCGCCCCAGCAAGAGCAACCCCGGGGACUUCACUCUCUCUGUCAGGAGGAACGACGAGGUGACCCACAUCAAGAUCCAGAACACGGGGGAUUACUAUGACCUGUAUGGGGGUGAGAAGUUUGCCACCCUGGCAGAGCUGGUGCAGUACUACACAGAGCAGCAGGGGCUGCUCAGGGAGAAGAACAGCAACGUCAUCGAGCUCAAGUACCCCCUGAACUGCCAGGACCCCACCUCGGAGAGGUGGUACCACGGGCACCUCACGGGCAAGGAGGCGGAGAAGCUGCUGACGGAGAAGGGGAAGCCGGGAAGUUUCCUGGUGAGGGAGAGCCAGAGCAAACCGGGAGACUUCGUCCUGUCGGUGCUGACCAACGAGGACAAGAUGGAGAGCGGGGACCGAAAACCACACGUCACCCACGUGAUGAUCCACUACCAGCUGGAUGGGAAGUACGACGUGGGGGGAGGAGAGAGGUUCGACACGCUCACGGACCUGGUGGAGCACUACAAGAAGAACCCCAUGGUGGAGAAGUCUGGGGCUGUGGUUCACCUGAAGCAGCCCUUCAACGCCACGCGCAUCAACGCAGCCAACAUCGAGAACAGGGUGAAGGAGCUCAACAAGAUGGCAGAUCACAGUGAGAAGGCCAAGCAGGGAUUCUGGGAAGAGUUUGAGAUGCUGCAGCAGCAGGAGUGCAAGCUCCUGUACCCCAGGAAGGAGGGGCAACGACCAGAGAACAAGGCCAAGAAUCGCUACAAGAACAUCCUUCCCUUUGACACCACCCGGGUGGCCCUCAGGGACGUGGAUGAGAGUGUGCCUGGCUCAGACUACAUCAAUGCCAACUACAUCAAGAGCAUCCCUGAAGAUGGAAGGAGCUCGGAGCACUGCAAGGUCUAUAUAGCCACCCAGGGCUGCCUGCAGACCACUGUGAACGACUUCUGGGCCAUGGUGUACCAGGAGAACACCCACGUCAUUGUCAUGACCACCAAGGAGGUGGAACGGGGCCGGAACAAAUGCUUCCGUUACUGGCCCGACAAGGGCAGCACCAAGGAGUUUGGGGGCAUCUGCGUGCGCCACGUGAGCGAGCGCGAGGCCCAGGGCUAUCUGCUGCGGGAGCUGGAGAUCCUGCGGCCGGACAGGGUGAGUCCUGCAGCUCCCUGCCUGGACUGCGACAUCGACAUCCCCAAGACGAUCCAGAUGGUGCGGCGGCAGCGCUCGGGGAUGGUGCAGACGGAGGCUCAGUACAAGUUCGUGUACAUGGCGGUGCAGCAGUUCAUCGAGGCCGAGCAGAAGAGGCUGGAGGAAGAACAGAGGAAUAAAAGGAAAGAACGAGACUACUUGAACAUUGGCUACCCUCCCAUGGAAAAGGGCAGAGCCAAAGGGCAGCCCCCCUCCCCACGGACCCCCUCUGGGGUGGAUGAGGAGUCAGCUUCCGUCCUCUACGAGAACCUCAACAUCAAAAGCCCAAAGGUUUCAGGGAUGAGUAAUUCAGGGCGAUAGAGGAGCUGUGUGGAGGCUCCACAGGAUUUCCAGUGUUUACGUCCACCCUCCCCAAGUUCUGCGACUGAGGACAGUUUUGUUUGCCUGUCUUGCCUUCCCCCAAGCACCUUGGAUUUGGAGAGGAGGGGAGAAGCUGCCCGAGAACCUGCACCUAAGAACAUGCCUUAUCCUAACUUAUUCAUGAGAAGGAUCUCCUCCCACCCUCCCCCUGCAUCAGUAGGUUGAUAUUUAUGUGAAAGUGCCUCUGGACAUUCAUUAGGGCAUCAAGGCUCAGCUUCAGGGUUGUUUUGGUUUUUGCCUUUUUUUUUUUUUUUUUUUUACUAUUUUAAUUUAAACUUCUUAUUUUUUACACGCAAAAGGAACGGAAACAACUCUUUGCUCGAAGCUUUCCCGGGGUCUUUGCCCACUCAGGGCUUCAGUAAAACCUUAGCACUCUCAGGUUUUCCUUGGGUCAACCCAUUUCUAAGCUACAAAGUGGUUUGAAGCCCAAAUCCUGGAGUAACUUUGCCUGGUGAGGGUGAGAAGUGGAGAGCACUGCCUGGCCCCAGCUGAUGCCUCUCCUCACACCUCCUUUUGGCUGUAGCACUUCCCAGAUUUCCUAUGCAACGCUGCCAGAGCACAUGGAAUGAUCCCUGCUCCGUGUGCAGCCUCCAGACUGCUCUUCCCAGUUCUCCAGCAGAGUCGAGGGGCACAGAGGGGCAUCCUGAAGGCUGGGCUCAGGGAGGUCCCCCCUGGGUGCUGAGGAGCAGGGACACAGCUCUGGGCACUGGGCUGAGAGCAGCCUGGGGGGAUGAUCCGAGCUGGAAUUCUGGAGCUGGGCCCCCUCUAAGCUCGAUGCAGCUCUGCCACGACCUUUUUGCCACCCCCUUCCACGCCUCUGUGACAAGGCAAGUGUUGUUUCUGCUGAGUAGGGCUGUCCUAGGUGUGUUUGUGACCUGAGCAGUGCCAGGAAACGAGUGUUUUGCAGAGUGGAGUGUCCCAGCUCUCUUAAGUCUUAGUGCUUCCCGCAGUUCCAGCCCCAAGCCCUGCCAAAGAAACCCUUCCUGCAGGAUCCCUCAGCCUGGAAGUGUGUUCUGGGGGGAGCCUUGGGUCUGAGGGCCAGUGCCUGAACCCCCAGAGCAGUUUUAGGUCUGAAGACAAAGUGCCUGAACCCCCAGAGCAGUUUUGGGUCUGGGGAUAAAAUGCCUGAACCCCCAGAGCAGUUUUGGGUCCCAGAACCAGUGCUGGACCCCCAAAGCAGUUUUAGGUCUGAGGGUAAAAUGCCUGAACCCCCAGAGCAGUUUUGGGUCUGGGGAUAAAAUGCCUGAACCCCCAGAGCAGUUUUGGGUCCCAGAGCCAGUGCUGAACCCCCAGAGCAGGCACAGGGCUGAUGUCCCAGUCUCCUCCUGCAUCCCUGGAAUGGGAAGGACUCUGCAUGGUUGGGGUGUUAGUGCUGAGCCAAAGGGUUGAACAAAUGCACAGUGACACACCUUGGCUGUAAUUCCUGGCUGGUCUUUCUGCUCCUUUGUCCCAGGGGCAGGAGAACUGUUUAUUUUUAUUGCACUUCUAAUAAAUGUUGAAUAUUCUCCA